AUGGCCUCGGAGGUUCCACCCCUACGCAUCCAGAAGGGCAGCAAUGGCACUUCGCCAUCCAAGCUGCCCCGAGUAACGAAUCGCCCCUUGUCAGAGCUUAGUCCCAUGGCCAUUCGACGAAACUCUCCGAGUUUUCCUCAAGCCAAGAUCUUGGCCACCGAAACCUCACCAGCCGGAUCGUCUCCAUUCUCGAACACUUCGCCCCUUCUGUUCUGGCAGGGACGGGAUCCCAACUCCCCUGCCAGAGAAAUUCGCAACGGAUUCGAAAGCCCUCCCCCUGCCUCCUCUCCAAAAAAGCGAUCGUCCAUCGAGAACCUGAAGAGGGCCUCUCGAGUCAAGAACAGCAGUAUGUUCGCAAUAGAGCAGAGCAAUCGCUACGACCCCACGCGUCCCGCCAUUCUCGAUGGCCGCCCUCACAGCAUGCAAUUUUCGCGACAGCAAUCGCCUUUCCGGAGCCCCGAUGUGAUUCGAAAAGAAAACGUCCCGCCGACAAUUAGAAACAGCUCUCCGGUUCAUGCUCAUUCCAAGCCAGAGCACCCAGAAACGACCGCGGUGACCAACUCCGUCACACCUCUGUCCCCAAGCAGGUUCAACAGCUCACCUACCAAGUCGUCGCUCUCUAAGAAGACUGGUGCCAAGUUCAGACGAAGUGGGUUUGACCCAGAAACAGGAAUCUGGGAAGACGAGGAUGACAUCCAGGGCAGGGUGCUCCCUGAAGGUCGUGGAUUACACCGUCAUCACAAAAGUGUCACGUUUGACCAGGCUCCACCCCAGGUCAACGAAUACGAAAUGACAACGCCGGCGCCCUCCGAAUCUUGUGCUUCAGGAUCUCGCGAGGGUAGCUAUGAGUCCACCGAGGACGACGAAGAGGAAGAGGCCAACUUGGAACGAGGAUCGUCGGUUGACCAUGAUGACAGCUUUGAUGCUUCGUUGGAAGAUACCGCAAAGACUCCCGUCGUGCUGCCUGAAGAAUGGCGCUUUAUGAGCCCUGAGACGGCCAACACCAACUUGGCCUGUCACGAAGAGGACGUUUUUCAAGAAGAUUGCGGCAGUCCCGCUCCUACUGCUAAGCCUGGUGCAGUGUCCUAUCGACCGCAUCAAACAAGUGCAGGUUCGGUCGACUCCGACGGCCAGGCUCGUCCUCUCCCACCGCUGCCGCCUUCGGGGGCCCACCGCCAUUCAAGAUCUGAGAAUUUGUCGGGCGCCUUUGAACGUAUGAGCAUGGCUCACCGUUCUCUUCCAACCCCGCCUAUGGCUGCGGGAAUCUCUAAGGCCGACAUUCAAAAGAUGGGGACCUCGAGCAACCUCUCCUCCGAGGAUCGACUCCGUCUGAUGGCGCUCCAGGAACAGGAGCGAGAGCGCCGUAUGAGGAGGAUGGAGUCGAAAGAGUCCAGUCCUGUCCGUGAAGCUAGCGUCGAGGAACACUCAAAUGACCAUGGCGAGCCCGGUCCCGAGAUAUAUGAUUCUGGAAACUCAACACCGCAAUUAUCGAGAGCCUCCAUUCUGUCAGGGCUGCGAGGCACAGACAGUCGAGAAAAUAGUGAGGAUGCUCCUGAAGCAUCCAGACGCCGAGAUCAGUCUUCUUUCGAUCCAGAUGUUCCAAUCCCGUCUUUGGAAGACCCCACACAACCGCGGAUUAAGGAGGAAGAUCUGGAAGAUCGGGAUUUGUAUUCCAUCACUGACAUGUACCUUGGCGGGAAUGUGUCAGAAUCAGAGAGCAGCGCCAACCAAGAUGACGAUCAAACAAGCCAGUAUUCUCAAGCGUCUCUCGCUGCGGUACCUCCGCCAACUCUGUAUGAAGGACAAGACACCCCAAAAGCUGAAAGCCCCGUGCGAGAGCAGACUUCCCAGUCCUUGUCAUCUGAACAACGCAUGUCGCUGCCCGAGUUUCCCGAUUUUGGAAAACACAGCAGCUUCGACAUGGGCUUUGGUCCUUAUCUGACGACGAAGCAGCAAGAAAAAGCGCAGCCUGCCGCCAUGAACCCACCAGCGACCGAUCUUCCAGAUCUUGCCGCACUUCGUCAAUCGAUCCAGCAUUCUUACACGCCUGAUAUUCAGACGAAGCGGCCUCAAAGCCCACUCAGACUUGAGCUUGAGAAUGCAGCACCCGGAACUCCCGAGUCCGUUGUUCGACAUCCCACUGCAACUUCAGGCUUCAUCAGCAACCUAGAUGCUAACGCAGCUAACAAGGAGACAGACUCGGAAGCAGAUAGCGAGAGGUCGGUCUCUCCAUCUGAUACUGGUUCUGUGGUGGUCAAUGGAAAGGAGACAUCUCCGGUCUCACCUAUUUCGGCCGAGUUCGAUGAUAAACCUGAGUCUCUUAUGCCCGCCUUUGCAGAAAGUGCAGGUAGCGCCGAAAAGGAAGCCCAUGGCCAGAGCAUGACGGUCGAAAAGAAGCGAGUCAGCAGUUUGGUACCGUUGGAUAUCCCUUAUGAUCAACUAGACGACAGUCUUGGACUAGGCCUGGAGAAGGAGUUUGACCGGGUUGUGGAAGCCCAAAAGGUAGAGUUUGAGCUCUCUUUGCGCCGCCUGUACUACCCUUUCAAUGGACGUUUCCCAUCCAGCGAGAUCCCUGACACGAAGGGUUCGAAAGCUGCCAAUCCCUUCGAGAAUAUCCCCGUGCUGCCCAAGCCCCGUGGAGCUCGCGCUCUGCCAGGCAGAGAUGGCUCUAUUGCCCUCGCGGAAUCUGCUGAUAGAGACUCAUUUGCUAAUCGAUCCGGCCAACUACAGAGAGGAUAUGUGAUGCGACAGAACACCAAAAUCGUGGUUGCAAGUGAACGUAUCACCCAGGAGGAAGACUGCAGAUCUCCCGGCCUUCCCAGUGAGGGUGGGGAGAAUAUGCUAGCAGUACCACUCCUCAAGCCGAACAAGGUCCAGCCGUCUCCUCGCAAGACUAGUCAGCCGACAUGGAGCACCGAACCCUGGAAUGGCAAGAUCAGGCGGAAGAGCAUUCGUGUGGGUGGUGAGAGGGCGGCAAGCAAGAGGAAGCCGGUCGAGAGCGCUGUUCCACCUCUGCCAGGUCAAGCAAGCAAUGUCCAGGAGAGUCUCGAUGCAGUUGCAGAAGACGAACUUGGAGAAGAGGAGGAUUGGGAGGAUGGCGCUGAGCGUGGUCGACUCUUUGUCAAGGUCAUCGGGGUCAAGGACUUGCAGAUGCCAUUCCCUCAACAUGAACGUACCUACUUUGCUCUUACGCUCGACAAUGGGCUGCACUGUGUGACAACCACGUGGCUGAACCUCGCUCGGAGUGCCCCGAUCGGACAGGAAUUUGAACUGGUUGUCCUGAAUGAUCUGGAAUUUCAACUCACGCUCCAGAUGAAGUUGGAAGAACCCAAAGUCGAACGACCCCUGUCUCCCUCCAAGCCGCCUCCUUCGCCCAAGAAGCAGGGCGCUUUUGGAAGGUUGUUCGGGUCGCCCAGAAAGAGAAAGGAGUUGGAAACGAGGGCUCAUCAGGAAGCCCAAACGGGCAGGAGACCUGUGACACCGCCGUCAGCAUACGAACUGGUCCAGGGUCUCGUCGCAAAGGAUGGCUCAUUUGCCCGAGCUUACGUUGCCUUGAGUGAACACGAGAAACAAGCCUACGGCAGACCGUACGUGGUUGACAUCACUUGUUUCAACGAAUGGGCUCUGGAAGAGGUGUAUGUUGGCAGUUCACGAAGCAAAAAGGGCGUGACACAGCUACAGCGACGUCCGCCCUAUGAGAUCGGCAAGCUUGAACUGCAACUGCUUUAUGUGCCGAAGCCAAGGGGGGCCAAGGAUGAAGACAUGCCCAAAAGCAUGAACGGGGCGAUUCGUGCGAUUCGGGAAGCCGAAGAGCGGAUGCAACAGCAGGCUACCAUCAAGAGCUUUGAAGGCUAUCUGAGCCAACAGGGAGGGGAUUGCCCGUACUGGCGACGUCGGUUUUUCAGGCUUGCAGGCACCAAAUUGACCGCCUUUCACGAGACGACCCUUCAACCACGGGCAACCAUCAAUCUUGCCAAAGCGUCGCGCCUCAUCGACGACAAGUCCAGUCUCACACAAAAGGAGACAUCCACCAAGGGCGGCGGCCGACGUAAGAGUGGGUUUGCCGAGGAGGAGGAAGGCUACAUGUUUGUGGAAGAGGGCUUCCGGAUUCGCUUCGCCAACGGAGAAGUCAUCGACUUUUAUGCCGACUCGACGGCGGAUAAAGAUGAGUGGAUGAAGGCACUCUCCCAGGUGGUUGGCACGAAUCCGACAGGAAGCUCGGCCCCGGUCAAGGGCUGGGCUGAAAUGGUUCUCAAGCGAGAGAAGAAAAUGAAGGCCGAAGCAUCCUCGCCGUCGCAUCUACCACGGCCCAGCGGUGGCCACUUGCGGACGGAGACGUACCACGCUGGAACGGGGACGAGUCAGGCGAACAGUCCUGUCAAGUCGAAGAGCGGGCACGAAGCCUAUCAUCGGAAGACCAGGAGUAUGCACGCGUGA